AUGAAACGAUCACUUUUGGACUAUGAUGGUGGAGAAUUCAUAGGUCAAGAUAUUAUACCAAUAUUCAUAGCAGUUAGGUAUUUAUUUGGACUCUCACUUUUGUUAGUACUAUUCCUCUAUAAAUGGCGAAGAAGACAUUUUUCAGUGUAUGAAAACAUUGAGAACUUUUUGUUAGACAACAAUAUAAAUCCCAUUAGGUAUGAGUACAAAGAAGUGAAGAAAAUGACUAAAGGUUUCAAAGUGAAGUUAGGUGAAGGAGGUUUUGGUUCUGUUUACAAAGGAAAGCUUCGAAGUGGGUUAGAUGUUGCAGUAAAGAUGUUGAGCAAAUCCAAAGAUAGUGGACAAGACUUUGUUAAUGAAGUAGCUACCAUUGGAAGAAUACAUCAUGUGAAUGUUGUAGGUCUUAUUGGGUAUUGUGUUGAAGGAAAAAAACGUGGUUUAAUUUAUGAAUACAUGCCUAAUGGAUCAUUGGAUAAAUAUAUUUUCUCUAAAGAAGGAAGUGUUCCUUUGAGAUAUGAGAAGAUAUAUGAAAUAUCUAUUGGAAUUGCUCAUGGGAUAGCAUAUCUUUAUCGAGAUUGUGAUGUGCAGAUUUUACAUUUCGAUAUCAAGCCUCAUAAUAUUCUUUUAGAUGAUAAUUUUAUUCCAAAGGUUUCAGAUUUUGGACUUGCAAGGUUGUAUCCUACAAAAGAUGGAUCAAUUAUUUUAACUGCAAUAAGAGGAACAUUGGGCUACAUGGCUCCAGAGUUAUUUUACAAAAAUAUAGGUGGAGUUUCUCAUAAAGCUGAUGUCUAUAGUUUUGGAAUGCUUUUGAUGGAAAUGACGAGUAGGAGAAAAAACUCAAAUCCUCAUGCAGAACAUUCAAGUCAACAUUAUUUUCCCUUUUGGAUCCAUGAUCAACUUAAAGAAGACAAAGAUAUUGACAUGGAAGGUGCUUCAGAAAUGGAUAAGAUUUUGAUGAAAAAAAUGUUUAUAAUUGCACUUUGGUGUAUACAAUUCAAACCAAGUGAUCGUCCAUCAAUGAACAAGGUUGUAGAGAUGCUUAAAGGAAAAGUUGAAAGUCUUAAUAUUCCUCCAAAACCUUCUUUUUAUCCUCAUGAAAUGUUAGAAAAUGAUGGUACAAUCAACUCUCCAAGAACAUCAUGGAUUGAUUCAAAUAGUUCGAGUAUGAUUGUUGACAUAAAAAUUCCUAAUCACUAA